UUUCAUACGUUUCGUACAAACGUAGCGAUGAGAAUUCUUCGCACAAUUAUUGGAUAGCGUCGCGGUUUUUGAGAGAUUUUUUCUUCGAGAUGUCAUUGUUCGAUUACUUUCGAAAUUUUCUCGGUGCGAAACGUCGCAACGAGCCUGGCACAAGCGGGCUUGAUGAACAUUAUGCGCCGAGAGAUAAUUUUCGAAAUCCAAUUUGGCAGAGUGACGACGACGACGACGAAAUCGACAUAGAUGAGUUCAUGUUUAAUGGAAACAACAUGCACUUCAACAUCUUCAGUGAUCCACUUGAAAUGGCAAAGUAUUUUGAGUCUCAAAUGGACAAUAUGUUGAAGAAUUUUGGUUUCGGACAUAAUAGCUUCUUCAGAAUGCUUCCUGGUAUAGAAGAAGAUAUUAAAGCACUACCAUUUGCCGAACAUGAACCUGAAAGAAAUAUAGAUAUAGACUUACGUGAAAAGAUGCUGAAAUCUAAACCCGAGAUAUUUGGCGAACAGAAUCAUGAACAAAAAAUAGAUACUGAUGUAGAUGGAAAAAUUACUACAGAAGAAUUUUCAAAACUGUGGAACAAGGGAAGCCUAGAAACUGUAAAACCUUCCGCGCCACAUAGUUUUUCAUUUGGAAGAUCCGUUAGAAAAGAAAUUGUACGAAAUCCUGACGGAACUAUAGAGGAAAAACAAGUAAUCAGAGAUAGUAAAGGUAACGAGGAAACAAUAAUCUCGAGGGUAAUAGGUGACAAAAGAUAUGUUGUUACUACAAAGAAAGAUAAGAAUGGCUUUGAAACAAAAUCUGAGGAUUUGUUUAACAUAGAUGAAAAUGAACUUAAAGAGUUCACCCAAAAAUGGAAACCUAAAAGUGAUACGGAUACCAACCAACCAAUUCUAAGUCGUUUUCCAUGGGACAAGUUUUUCGGUUUUCCUAAUCCGAAAUUGUAGUAACAAAAUAAAUAAAAUCAAUAGUUUUUAAAUAGCUAAACCACACACAUGUCUUAUUCUGUAUUAUACGAGUAUCAGUUUACGAGUUAUUUUAUGUAAUUAUGUUUCUCUUGGUUUCUUUCCAUAAUAAAUAAUAAGACUAGCGCAUA